UAUUCUUUUCUCUCCCUUCAGCUUGUCUACGAAUUCCUCCUUCGAUUCGUAGAAUCUCCAGAAUUCCAGCCCAAUGUCGCCAAACGUUACAUUGACCAGAAGUUUGUUCUUCAGUUGUUGGAGUUGUUUGACAGUGAGGAUCCACGUGAGCGGGAUCUGGUGAAGACAAUCAUGCACCGAAUCUAUGGCAAAUUCCUCUCACUGCGAAGCUACAUUCGACGACAAUUCAGCAACGUCUUUUACAAGCGUCUUCCUCCUCACUCUGUCUGUGUCCCAUUUUCUCUCAUCACUUCUUCCUUCUUCUGCAGAUUCAUUUAUGAAACGGAGCGACACAAUGGCACCUCGGAAAUGUUGGAGAUCCUUGGAAGUAUCAUCAAUGGAUUUGCUGUUCCACUGAAACAGGAGCAUAAGACCUACUUAAUGCGAGUGCUCAUUCCUUUGCACAAGGUGAAAUCACUCAGUGUCUACCAUGCACAGCUUGCCUAUUGUGUUGUACAGUACCUUGAUAAGGAUCCAAGUCUCACUGAACAGAUUGUGUUGGGUUUGUUGAAGUACUGGCCCAAAAUGCACAGUCCGAAAGAGGUGAUGUAUCUGAAUGAAUUGGAGGAGAUACUGGAUGUGAUGGACUCCACAGAGUUCAAGAAGAUCAUCAAACCCCUUUUCACUCAACUGGCCAAAUGUGUCUCCUCUCCGCAUUUCCAGGCAAGUUUUGUGGCUGAACGAGCUCUGUAUUUUUGGAGCAACGAAUACAUCCUCUCCCUCAUGAGUGACAAUGUGGAGACCAUUCUUCCCAUCAUGUUUCCCGCUUUGUACAAGACCAAACAACACUGGAAUAAGUGA